GGUAAAUUCCUAGGAGCGGUAUUGCUGGGUGAAAUGGUAUUUCUACUUUGAGCUCUUCGAGGAACCUCCAUAUUGCUUUGCACGGAGGUUGAACGAAUUUACAUUCCCACCAACAGUGUAGGAGGGUUCCCCUCUCUCCACAUGCUUGCCAACGUUUGUUGUGGUUUUUCUUUUGGAUGGUGGCGAUCCUUACUGGUGUGAGGUGAUAUCUGAUUGUGCUUUUAAUUAGCAUUUCUCUGAUGACAGGCCAUGUGGUGCAUCUUUUCAUGUGUCUAUUGGGCACCUGAAUUUCUUCUUUGGACAACUGCCUGUUCAGCUCCCCUGCCCACAUUUUUAUUGGAUUACUUGCUUUUUGUUUGUUGAGGUGUGUUAGCUCUUUCUAUAUUUUGGAUGUCAACCCUUCAUCGGAUCUGUCAUUGAUGAAUAUAUUCUCCCAUACUGGAGGAUGCCCUUUUGUUCUGUUGAUGGUGCCCUUUACUGAACGGAAGCUUUUAAGCUUGAUAUAGUCCCAUUUGUUCAUUUUUGCUUUUCUUUCCCUGGAGAGAUAUGUUCACGAAGAAGUCGCUCAUGUUUAUGUCCAAGAUAUUUUCGCCUGUCCGUCUCUAAGAGUUUUAUGUUUUCAUGGCUUCCAUUCAGGGGUUCGAUCAAUUUUGAAUUUACUUUUGUGUAUGGGGUUAGACAAUGAUCCAUGUUUCCUCCUUUUCUGCAGCCAUCACCUCCGGCUCUGGAGCAGUGACCCAGACCACCAGCUGUGGGGCCAGUACAUCAGGGUUUGGCAGCACCGUCUCUGUGCCCUUCACAUCCAGGGUGUCAGCAGGCCCCACUGGCAGUGGGGGCUUUGGGACAAGCGUGGCUGCCCCCCACAGCAGCUCCACCACUGGGGCAUUUGGCUCUGCGUCAGGACGGAGUGGGAGAACUGGUCUCAAGAACCCUUUCUGGGGAUCCUUGAAUCCAGACUCCCUGGGUGCAGCUGGCCAGAGCACACCAUCUGCUUUCCGUGUGGCCAGCACGCAGCAGAACACGCCCGGGUUUUCAGCCAUCACCUCCGGCUCUGGAGCAGUGACCCAGACCACCAGCUGUGGGGCCAGUACAUCAGGGUUUGGCAGCACCGUCUCUGCGCCCUUCACAUCCAGGGUGUCAGCAGGCCCCACUGGCAGUGGGGGCUUUGGGACAAGCGUGGCUGCCCCCCACAGCAGCUCCACCACUGGGGCAUUUGGCUCUGCGUCAGGACGGAGUGGGAGAACUGGUCUCAAGAACCCUUUCUGGGGAUCCUUGAAUCCAGACUCCCUGGGUGCAGCUGGCCAGAGCACACCAUCUGCUUUCCGUGUGGCCAGCACGCAGCAGAACACGCCCGGGUUUUCAGCCAUCACCUCCGGCUCUGGAGCAGUGACCCAGACCACCAGCUGUGGGGCCAGUACAUCACGGUUUGGCAGCACCGUCUCUGCGCCCUUCACAUCCAGGGUGUCAGCAGGCCCCACUGGCAGUGGGGGCUUUGGGACAAGCGUGGCUGCCCCCCACAGCAGCUCCACCACUGGAGCAUUUGGCUCUGCGUCAGGACGGAGUGGGAGAACUGGUCUCAAGAACCCUUUCUGGGGAUCCUUGAAUCCAGACUCCCUGGGUGCAGCUGGCCAGAGCACACCAUCUGCUUUCCGUGUGGCCAGCACGCAGCAGAACACGCCCGGGUUUUCAGCCAUCACCUCCGGCUCUGGAGCAGUGACCCAGACCACCAGCUGUGGGGCCAGUACAUCACGGUUUGGCAGCACCGUCUCUGCGCCCUUCACAUCCAGGGUGUCAGCAGGCCCCACUGGCAGUGGGGGCUUUGGGACAAGCGUGGCUGCCCCCCACAGCAGCUCCACCACUGGGGCAUUUGGCUCUGCGUCAGGACGGAGUGGGAGAACUGGUCUCAAGAACCCUUUCUGGGGAUCCUUGAAUCCAGACUCCCUGGGUGCAGCUGGCCAGAGCACAGCAUCUGCUUUCCGUGUGGCCAGCACGCAGCAGAACACGCCCGGGUUUUCAGCCAUCACCUCCGGCUCUGGAGCAGUGACCCAGACCACCAGCUGUGGGGCCAGUACAUCACGGUUUGGCAGCACCAUCUCUGCGCCCUUCACAUCCAGGGUGUCAGCAGGCCCCACUGGCAGUGGGGGCUUUGGGACAAGCGUGGCUGCCCCCCACAGCAGCUCCACCACUGGGGCAUUUGGCUCUGCGUCAGGACGGAGUGGGAGAACUGGUCUCAAGAACCCUUUCUGGGGAUCCUUGAAUCCAGACUCCCUGGGUGCAGCUGGCCAGAGCACACCAUCUGCUUUCCGUGUGGCCAGCACGCAGCAGAACACGCCCGGGUUUUCAGCCAUCACCUCCGGCUCUGGAGCAGUGACCCAGACCACCAGCUGUGGGGCCAGUACAUCACGGUUUGGCAGCACCAUCUCUGCGCCCUUCACAUCCAGGGUGUCAGCAGGCCCCACUGGCAGUGGGGGCUUUGGGACAAGCGUGGCUGCCCCCCACAGCAGCUCCACCACUGGGGCAUUUGGCUCUGCGUCAGGACGGAGUGGGAGAACUGGUCUCAAGAACCCUUUCUGGGGAUCCUUGAAUCCAGACUCCCUGGGUGCAGCUGGCCAGAGCACAUCCUCUCCCAUCCACAUGGCCAGGUCAAGUCAGAACACGUCUGGUAUUGCAGCCAUCACCUCGGCCUUUGCAGCUAUGACCCUGACCACCACCAGCGGGACCAGUACCUCAGUGUUCGGUGGCACUACGUUAACGCCCUUCACGUCCAGGGUGUCAGCAGGGUCCACUGGCAGUGGAGGUUUUGUGAUCAGUAUGGCUGCCCCCAACAACAGCUCCACCACUGGCUCAUUCAGAUUUGGGUCAGGACGGACUGGGAGAACUGGUCUCAAGAACCCUUUCUGGGGAUCCUUGAAUCCAGACUCCCUGGGUGCAGCUGGCCAGAGCACACCCUCUACCAUCCACGUGGCCAGGACACCUCAGGACACGUCUGAGAUUGCAGUCAUCACCUCGGCCUUUGCAGCUAUGACCCUGACCACCAGCAGUGGGACCAGUAGCUCCAUGUUUGGCGUUACCACCUCAUCGCCCUUCAAGUCUGGGGUGUGAGCAGGUCCAGCUGGCAG